AACGGCAGUUACAGGCUGCGAAGGGAAGUCUUAACCAAUUAACCCUAAAAUAGUCUAAUAAACUCCCUCUUUCACCCUCUUUGUGGCGCAACCUUCUGAUUUGAGGAACACCGUCGGCUCGUCGUGACUCCGGUUUUACUCUUCCACAUCAAUUCACUCUUCCCAGGAUACAAGUAUACACUCCAUUUUGCCACUUUUGGUGAACCAUUCUUUGUUCCUCCAGACCUCCACACAUAAUGGCAUCUACUAAUUCCCCUACUGCCAUGGAAAAAGAGCAGAUAUUUGGGAUGGCUGAGAAAGAGAUGGAGUACAGGGUGGAAUUGUUUAACAAGCUUACCCAUACAUGUUUCAAAAAGUGCAUUGAGAACAAGUAUAAAGAAUCUGAGUUGAACAUGGGUGAAAAUAGUUGCAUUGACCGCUGUGUUUCUAAAUACUGGCAGGUGACUAAUCUAGUUGGACAACUUCUUGGUAGUGGUCGCCCUCCCAUGUAAGAGUUUGGUUCAACAUCUCUCGAUGGAUGCUAAGAAGAAGAAAAUAAGUACAACUGCGUUUUUUCCCCACCCCCCCAUCUAUUUUGGCAUUUAGAAAACAACACUAUAAUUUGCAUCAACUUGAGAAAACCCCUUGCUAUUCUUUUAUGCCUUCAUGUUUACUGACAGCAAGAUGCAACUUAUAACAGUUUCUCAAUCACCGAAUUAGUAAAAUGAGGUUUUGUCGGAGUGGUUGAGUAGAAUAAGUGAUUGAUUUUGUAGACCAAAACAGAAAAAUAUAUAGCUAUGGACUAAAGUAGUGAAGCAAAUGGAUUUCUUUGGCUUCUCAUGAAGAAAGUGAAUUGUAUUGUU